CACACCCAGGCCCUGCAGUCUCCCUUGGGCGCCGACACCGACUGGUCUCUCGAAGCGGACGUCAGCGCGAGCACCCGUCAUUCUCUUGCUGCAGGAUCCACGUGGUUGCCUUCUCAGCGUCUCCCUUUUCGGCAAGCAAACGCUCAACGGCUUAGGUCUUUCAAGGGUGACAAGUGCCCAUAAGAUCCACAUGGUUGCCUCCUCAGCGUUUCAUUCUUCGGCAAGCAAACGUUCAACGGCUUAGAUCUUUCAAGGGUGACAAGUGCCCAUAAGAUCCACAUGGUUGCCUCCUCUGCGUUUCAUUCUUCGGCAAGCAAACUUCAACGGCUUAGGUCUUUCAAGGGUGACAAGUGCCCAUAAGAUCCACAUGGUUGCCUCCUCUGCGUUUCAUUCUUCGGCAAGCAAAUGUUCAGCGGCCUCGGUAUUUCACGGCAGACUGUAAUAGUGGCCAUAGAUUUCCUUGCCACAGGAUUCACAGGGCUGCUUGACUGGCUGACGUUCAAGAAAUACUCAGCGCGAGAAAGCAAAGGAAAAGUUGUGCUAUACUGAGUUUACAUUAGUUAAACAAGAGGUUUGGAGAGUGAAGGACAAGAAAAUAUGGCAAAUACAAAUAAAUGGAAGACAGUGAUCGUCGUCGUUGUGUUGGCGGUGCUGAAGACAAUUAAUGCUGAUAUACAUGGUGGCGAAGGCUGGACGUCAGAGCCUAAGGAGGAGGAGGGCGGGGUCGCUGACCGCCCACGCCGCCCCUGACCCACCCUCUCCCAGCACAGGCGGUCCGCCCAUCGGACGGUCGUCCCUGAAGCCGGCGCCAUGCAUCCCGCCAACGCCUCGGGCACCAGGACGAGAGAGGUUUACGAUUUUACAAGGUCUUUCCAGGUGGGAGCAAGCUGCCUCGAGUUGCAGGCGAGCCAGGGCGGCUCCCGCGGCGGCAUCUCUGGUGCACCCGCUCAGCCUGCUGCAGGGGCCGUGGAAGGUGCACUGCGACCAGGAGGCUGAGGGCGGCGCCUGGACAGUCUUUCAGGUGCGGGAUGACGUCGAGCCGCUUGAGAACUUCACGCGCAGGUGGGAGGACUACAAGGUGGGCUUCGGGGACUUCGACCGAGAGUUCUGGCUUGGAAAUCCGCACUCAAGGGGCUAAUGCGGACAAUGACGCGCCACGAGCUGCUCAUCACACUGGAGGACUGGUCGGGCAACGAACGCUACGCUCGGUACAGCGGCUUCCGGCUGGGCGGCGAGGAGGCACACUUCCGCUUCCACGACAAUGUUUUCUUCGGUAACGCCGCUUCCCGAAGGCGACGCCCUGUCCUCGCACAACGGCCAGCCUUUCUUCUCCACUUUCGACGCGGACAACAAGAGCAGGGACGGCGACUUCCUUGAGAGAAGCUGCGCAAGGCUGGACAAGAUUUUCUGGUGGGGGGCAAACGCAACGUCCCGGAGCUGCUUGGCAAUAAUAACACCCUGACCAGACCAGCCAAGAACGAGCUCUAACACCACAACCACCACGAUAAUUUAACUCAAGUAAUUUAAGUAUGUUAGCAGUCGCCUGUUGUAGUAAUGUUGUAGUUUUCAUCGUAAUUGCCAUCGUCGUUGUUGUUGGUAUUUGUUGCAUGGCUGUCAGUUCAUGGUAGCUGCGCAAAGGCUCACCAGAACACUGCGACUCGUACCCUUUUAAUACCAAAUACUCACCAUUCAGAUAAGCUUGA